CAAGUUUUUCAUACACUAUCCUUAUUGCUAUGGUUACUGGAAAAAGUAUGCAGACCUUGAAAAGCGACAUGACAACAUUAAACAAUCAGAUGAGGUGCGUACAUCAACUGAAUAAAGUUAAUCUCCAUUAGGUACUGUAAGCCAAUUAAUAACAAAACAAGGACUUUUCUUUGGCUGACAGUACCUACCAUUUACGGUCAAACAAUUUUUAUAGGGUAUUUUAUUUGCAUUUGUCACUUUUGUGGCAUUUGUAGCUAAUAUUUUCUCUCUUUGUUGGCAGGUGCGUUAAACCUCUACAGUUUGUCAAGCUUUGCAGUGCAAGCCUCUGUAUUACACUGCAGCUUAACAAGUAGGGCAGGGCUUUUCUCUCACUUACAUUUAUUUCUCAUUUUCCAAACAAUAUAGUUGGUUUUCUAGUCACAUUUGCUACGUCUUAUUGCAUUUUUGGUCAGACGCUGUCAUUGAUGCUCUAAUGGGUCUGUGCCCUAUGGUCUGUAACCCAAAGCCUGCCCACACAACCCGGUCAGAAUGCAGGGACUGCUGCGCUUUGAAGAUCAAGACUCUGCACGUGGGGAUCAGAACAUUGCCAUGUUCUAUCCAACCUCCACCCAAAUGGUUUAUAGACGGGGACUUCAGGCAAUACCUCUUAGUGUUGACCUUUGGAUACAUUAUAUAAACUUCUUAAAAGAAACGUUGGAACCUGGUGAUCCUGAGACAAACAGUACAGUAAGAGGAACUUUUGAGCAUGCUGUUCUAGCUGCAGGAACAGAUUUCCGAUCUGACAGACUGUGGGAAAUGUAUAUAAACUGGGAAAAUGAACAAGGAAAUCUGAGAGAAGUUACAGCUAUAUAUGAUCGUAUUCUUGGUAUCCCAACACAGCUUUAUAGUCACCAUUUUCAAAGAUUUAAAGAACAUGUACAGAAUAACUUGCCCAGGGAUCUUUUAACUGGUGAACAGUUUAUUCAGCUGCGAAGGGAAUUAGCUUCUGUUAAUGGACAUAGUGGAGAUGAUGGUCCACCUGGUGAUGAUUUACCAUCAGGAAUUGAAGACAUAACUGAUCCAGCAAAGCUAAUUACUGAAAUAGAGAACAUGAGACACAGAAUCAUUGAAAUUCACCAAGAAAUGUUUAAUUAUAAUGAACAUGAAGUUAGUAAACGGUGGACAUUUGAAGAAGGUAUUAAAAGACCUUAUUUUCAUGUGAAACCACUGGAAAAGGCCCAACUAAAAAACUGGAAAGAAUAUUUAGAAUUUGAAAUUGAAAAUGGGACUCAUGAACGAGUUGUGGUUCUCUUUGAAAGAUGUGUCAUAUCAUGUGCCCUCUAUGAGGAAUUUUGGAUUAAGUAUGCCAAGUACAUGGAAAACCAUAGCAUUGAAGGAGUGAGGCAUGUCUUCAGCAGAGCGUGUACUAUUCAUCUCCCAAAGAAACCCAUGGUGCAUAUGCUUUGGGCAGCUUUUGAGGAACAGCAGGGUAAUAUUAACGAAGCCAGGAAUAUUUUGAGAACAUUUGAAGAAUGUGUUCUAGGAUUAGCAAUGGUUCGCUUGCGAAGAGUAAGUUUAGAACGACGGCAUGGAAACAUGGAAGAAGCUGAGCAUUUGCUUCAAGAUGCCAUUAAGAAUGCCAAGUCAAAUAAUGAAUCAUCAUUUUACGCUAUCAAACUAGCCCGACAUCUUUUCAAAAUACAAAAAAAUCUUCCAAAAUCAAGAAAGGUGCUUUUGGAAGCCAUUGAAAGAGAUAAAGAGAACACCAAGUUGUACCUCAAUUUACUUGAAAUGGAAUAUAGUGGCGACCUCAAACAAAAUGAAGAAAAUAUUCUAAGUUGUUUUGACAAAGCUAUACAUGGUUCAUUAGCUAUUAAAAUGAGAAUUACAUUCUCUCAGAGAAAAGUGGAAUUUCUUGAAGAUUUUGGUUCAGAUGUUAAUAAGCUUCUGAAUGCUUAUGAUGAACAUCAAACACUCCUCAAAGAACAAGAUACUUUAAAACGCAAAGCAGAAAAUGGAUCAGAAGAACCAGAAGAAAAGAAAGCACACAUGGAAGAUACACCAUCAUCUACACAGAUGAUUGAUGGUGAUUUACAGGCAAAUCAAGCUGCAUAUAAUUAUAGUGCCUGGUAUCAAUACAAUUAUCAGAAUCCUUGGAAUUAUGGACAGUAUUAUCCUCCUCCUCCAACCUGAUGGGAAACAAAUCAGAUGGGAGUGUAUGAAAAGGAUCAGUUUUUAAAUGAGGGAUGUAAACACAGCAUAAGCUUGUUUUAUUUGAUAAUUUGUCUUCCUUGUUUUUGUGUAACAUGAUUUGUUUAGUAAUAAGGGAAAUGUCAAUUAGUAGCUUACCAGAUACUAUUUCCUACCGUUUAUAAAUUUUACUUUGUAUUGGAGAACUAUUUUUUUUAUUUUUUUGCAUUAAGUGGUCUAGGAUUCUUUUGCAAUGCACUUGCAAGAGUUUUAUAGCCUUAAGUGUAGAGGAAAAAACUGACUGCCAAUCAUGUCAGUGUAGUACAGAUUCUGAAAACACAUAAGGGCUGGUUAUUAGGGAUUUCUUCUGUAAAAACAGGGAAAAAGAAAACAAUGAUUUUUUUUUAACCUUGUUGAUGUUAUCAGAAUGUUUCCGUUGUACUUGUGAAUUUGGAGCUAAUUUCAGAAAAGAAACUAUUAAAAGACCAUGCCUUGGGGAUAGAUUAUAAAUGAGAAAGUGUCACAUUUGCAUCCCGUUAUAAAUGAAAAUCAUAUCAAAAGUAUGUUGUUUCCAGAGACUUUGUACUUAGAAUAUUCAUGUAAAACUUGUGAACAAGCUUUCAUUUUGAUCAAACUGAUCAUCUUCAUUUUUGUAAUAAAGCUGAAGACUCAUCCAGCAA